UCGCUGCAAGCAAUUCUUCCAUUUCCAGCAAAACAGAAAGGCGGGUAGACACGAACAAUGGAAAAAGAGAACACAAAUACUACCACCUGUAGUAGUAAGCCAGUAUCGAAGAUGGAAGAAGAUACCACCACACCCAAAAUCGAUUCCCCUACCAAUUACCAGCAAACCGUUUCUGACGACGAUGAAAUAGACUAUUCGAUCAAACCCGAAUUCUAUGACCCAAACCUUGAUGAUAAAGAUGAAUUAUGGGUUCAGAAGAAAAGGAAAGGCCGGAUUUCCGAUGCUGUGCUUAGCUGUCCUGCUUGUUUUACCACCCUCUGCCUUGAGUGCCAAAGGCACGAAAAGUACGUGACUCAAUACAGGGCGAUUUUCGUUGUGAACUGCAAGAUAGAAAACGAAAAGAUCAGGCAAGCAAAGGUAAAACCGAAAAAGUCAGGCAAGAGAAGAAGAGAAUCCGGUGAGGAUGAAGCAGCUGCUGCCAGUGGGGAAACUUUCAAGGCAGUCUGUUGUUUGGUCUGCUCGACGGAGGUUGGUGUCAUCGAUGAAGACGAGGUUUAUCACUUUUUCAAUGUUCUUCCAAGUGAGUCCUGAGCCUUGGGUCAUGACCUGCGCUUUCUCGCUUGCUGGGGGAUACCAAACAAACGACUACUAUAUCUCAUUC